UAUGUUGUGACAUGUUAUGAAUAUGAAAUUUAUGAAAAUAAAGAAUCCAUUAAAAUUUAAUACGUAUUCGUAAACAUAAUUGUAUUUAAAAAACUUAUUGAUAUCAUGAGUGAAAAAAGUACACUACGUAUUGAUUGGUUUGACGGGACUGUGAUUGAAGAUACCAGAGGAAACACUUCAAGGUUUUCUGAUGAAGAAAUAAAAGAGAAAGACCCAACACCUCCCUCAGUAUCCCAAGAAGUUGAAAGAAAGGCAAUUGGUUUUAAACGAUUACUAGAUAUAUCCUUUUUACGACCCCCCACCUUGAAUUUGGAAUUAUCUAACCGGCCUGGGUUUUGGCUAUUAUUCAGUGGCCCUAUAAAAAGUGAUUUUAUUGUUUUGCUAAUAAAAAUCCUUAGUGCUGUCUACAGCUCUUUAGAUAGAGGAGAAAAAAAUAAACUUACUGGACUUUUAGAAUCAAGAUUUCUUAAUUCAGACUUUUUAAGCAAAGUUAAGGAAUAUAUGAUUGGGCUACCAGAUGUUAGAAUAUCAGAAAAAAGGUUGAAUAUGCAGCUGUGGGAGGAUGUAGAAACAUUUUAUUUCAAUGUGCUUACAUUGUGUGAGGGUAUGUUCAAUUAUGGGCUGCCAAAGCAUAAAUUACAACAGGUUUUUCAGUUAAUUGAAGUUGCUGAAGACAGUUCUUUGGGUGUGCAGGAAGAGCAUUCUGAGAAGAUUGGAGAAAGUUUCUACACAAGAACAUUAUCUUUAAAAGAUAAAAUUCAGAAAUCUUUGGCACAGGACAUAGAUGAAACUACAAUGGUACAUAUAAAAAAUGAAGACCCACUUUAUUAUAAAAAUUUAAAUAUAUUUCCUGCAAGAGAAGACUUAUUAGGACAGUCCAAAGUGAUUAUCAAACCCAAUUUAGUUGAUGGUGCAUACCCUAAUGUUGAACACUACUUGGAUUUACAAUUCAAGCUCUUAAGAGAAGAUUGCUAUGGGCCACUACGGGAAGGAAUAUUGAAAUAUUUGGCUGAUCCAACGAAAAAGCAGCAGGAAAACAUAUGGAUUUACCCAAAAGUUUCUAUUGUUCAUAUGUAUGUAAGUAACAAUAAGGUUGGCUAUUUAGUGGAUAUAGCCAGGAAUGAAAGACUCAAACAUAAAACAGUGGACUGUAAACAGUAUGCACAUAACAAGAGGCUGAUGUUUGGUUCACUGCUGUUGUUUACAAGUGACAACUUUGAGACUAUCUUGAGUGCAUCAGUGUUGGAGUCUAGUUUAAGUCUCUUAAGUGAUGGUUAUAUAGCUGUUACAUUUGAUAGCCCUGUGUCGAACACUAUCUUUGCGAAUGAAUUUCUAAUGAUAGAAAGUGAAGUUUUCUUUGAGCCAUAUCACAGAGUAUUGAAAGUGCUGCAAAGUUUUAGGACUGAUGAGCUGCCCAUGAAAGAGUACAUUGUUGAUGUUCAGCCGAAGAUAGAAUCACCAGCCUAUCUUACAUCAGAAUCCAUAUACAGCAUUAGAACAGAAAAAUCAGAGGAAAUUUACUUCCCAGUACUUGACAGAUCCCAGUGGCCCAACAAGGAAUGUUUUGGUCUAGACCAAUCACAAAUGGAUGCUUUUCAUUUUGCUCUUACGAGAGAUUUUGCGGUAAUUCAAGGCCCUCCUGGUACUGGCAAAACGUUCAUAGGAGUUAAAAUAGCUUCAACGAUUCUUAAAAAUUUGUCCCUUGAAGGAACCCCAAUGCUUAUUAUCUGCUACACAAAUCACGCCCUUGAUCAAUUCUUAGAAGGCAUACUAAGUACUACUACUAGCUUAGUCCGAUUGGGAAGUCAAAGUAAAAGUAAAAUCCUAGAACCAUACAGUUUAAGUAAUCUUAGAAGUAAAGUCAAGUCAAAAUAUAAUUAUUUAUAUGGUAAGAAGCUGUCGGAAUUAGAGAAAGUAUUUAAAGAAAUAAAUUACUUUCAAGCAGAAAUUGAAAAGUGCAAUAAUGAAAUUGUUGGGUAUAAUAACAUUAAGUCAUAUUUAAAAGUCAAUGAAAACAUACAUGCACUCAAAGAUAAAAAUGACGAUGGUUUAUUGAAUUGGCUUCUUGACUAUUCAGAGAAUAACACAACUUAUGAAAGUGAUAGAAAAGAAUGUAAAGAUUGGGAAACACAGUGUGCAGACUUAACUAUUCAUGAUAAAAUAGAGACAUGUUUCUCAGAAGAAAUAGCUAUAAACGAGAUAGAUUCGAUGAAAUGUAGUAUAAAAUAUGUAAAAGAUAUAACAGAUGAUGUUGAUGAACGCAAAAAGAUGAUAGAUAAAUUCAAUAAACAAAUUGAAAAAAUUGAAAGGCGCCUUGAUUGUUUUAAGAAGAAUAUCCGUUUAUCACGUGAAGGACGAAAACACCUAAAUAUAGGUAAUACUGGUGAUUUAUAUGAACUGACACCUGAACAACGAUGGUUUGUUUAUUUCAACGCAGUCGAUUGUUUAAAAGGCCAAGUAGUGGAGAAAAUGAAGGUUUUAAUGGAAAGACACAAGUCACUUAGCGCAGAGUUAGAGGAGGUAUCGACGUUAAUCGAUAGUGACGUCAUGAAAUCGGUUCGCGUGGUCGGAGUUACGACCACCGUGGCUGCGAGGAGGCAUGACCUUAUGAGGAAGUUACUAUCACCUAUAGUGAUAGUUGAGGAGGCGGCGGAAGUUUUGGAAGGGCAUAUUGUAGCAUCUCUCACGAACCGAUGUCAGCAACUGAUAUUAAUUGGUGACCAUAAACAACUUCGUCCUACAACAGCCUGCUAUAAGCUAGCGACACAGUACAAGCUGGAAAUAUCUCUCUUCGAACGAAUGCUUCGAAAUGGAGUCCACGCCAAGACAUUAUGUACGCAGCGUCGGUUGAGGCCGGACUUCGUUAAGCUAUUGGUGCCGGAGUUAUAUGAGAAGCUGGAUAGCCAUCCGGUGGUCUGUGGCUAUCCAAACGUGAGAGGAAUGAAGAAUAAUUUAUUUUUCUUCAAUCAUGAUGCUAUUGAAGAUUCUGGGAAUGGGGACACACAUAGUCAUAACAAUACUUAUGAGGCAAUGUUCUGCGUGGAACUUGCCAACUAUUUACGACAAAGAGAUUACACAUCAGAAGAUAUUACCAUACUAGCUACGUACACUGGGCAAGCCACACUCGUCAAACAGCUCAGCAAAAAAUACGCAACACUAAGCGAUAUAAAAGUGACGGUAGUUGACAAUUUCCAAGGAGAAGAGAGCAAGAUAAUCAUAUUGUCUUUGGUUAGAAGCAACAUGGAGGGAAGUAUCGGAUUCUUGUCUGCCAGUAAUAGGGUGUGUGUCGCUCUGUCUAGAGCUAAAGAAGGUUUCUAUAUUUGUGGCAACAUGAAGUUAUUGAAGAGUGCAAGCAGAUUGUGGAGGUGUAUCAACGAUAAGCUGGUGUCCAUGAAUGCUAUCGGUGAUCGUGUGGCGUUGCACUGCGAUCGACACCAAGCAUCGCUCAAUAUCAAAGAGCCCAAAGACUUCAUAAACUGCACGAAAGGACCUUGUCUGAAAAAUUGUAAUGGAUUUUGAUAUUAUGAUAUGUAGUUAUUAUUAAUAAAUUAUUUAUUGGUA